AUGGAGUCCAGCAAAUACAGUCCGCUGAGUGAUGGUUCACAAGACCGGAAUAUUGAUGAUAUUGACUUCCGAUCGGCAAAAGCUUCGUGUUUGCGGCAGCGGGCUAUCAUUGCCAUACUUGGAGUUAUAUGCUUCAUUCAAGGACUGGCUCUUUUAUGGCUUAUAUCCGGCUUAACGCAUGCGUCCACCCAGACCUUCGUUUUUGAAGAUGAGCGACCAUUCAGCACAGCGGUCACGCAAGGAGAGGUUGAGAAAGCAUGGAGUAUUUACGGCCUACCGCAAUCCGGGUUUGUUCAUAUACAAGAUCCUACGAGUCAAGGUCUGAGGCCAAAUCAUGGUGUCAUAGAUGGAACGGAAAACGUCUACAUGAUCUCCGCAAUGCACCAGCUGCACUGUUUGCAGGAGUUGCACAUAUCGCUGUCGCACAAAACAGCAGCUAGUUUUGAAAGCAGCAGAAGCUCAAGGGCUGAUGCAGAAGUCAAUCAUACACUGCAUUGCAUCAAUUACUUGAGGCAGGCGGUUUUGUGUUCAGCCGAUGAUACCUUGGAAGGGCCAGAUAUGCAUCCUGAAGCUGGGCAAAGCCGACUCAGAGGUUGGGGCGUAUCCCAUCAAUGUCGUUCUUGGGACAAAUUAACCGAAUUUAGAGACCAACAUCGGGUCACGGUCGAAACACAUAGAUGA